AUGGCGAACGUUCUGGCUCUGGUCGUUCUUACAGCACUGCUCGCACAAGUGGCUGUGUGCGCGGAGCCCUCAGCCGUACCUGGGGAAGCUGCUGUACCGGUCUCGAACAAGACUAGGAACAUUGGCGAAAACGUGGGCGAAAAAGCAACGCUGCUGCCUGAGCUGGUAACUGUCAUGGAGGCAAUGGAGGGAGGUGUGUCGGCGAUUCACGAAGUGGAAGACAGGCUGCGCAAAGAUCUCGAGAUGAUGAUGUCUGUGGAAAAAGAGAUGAGGGAGAAAGACGCGUUGGCUACGGCUAACGGCGGAGAACCCCUCAUUGAAGGUGCUUCUGCGAGCAGUAUCAUCACCUCGAUUUUGAAAAGAGUGCGUGACGAUACCACAGCAAUGAAAAACAUGAUGCUGAAAGAAAUGAACGACAUUCGGCGUAUGGUGAAUGACACGUCUGUGACAGCGCGCGUAAUGCAAUUGUUCCCCGCCGUCGGCUUUCAGGGCACCCUGGAAGCCAUGAAAAGUGCUGUAACACAGCAAAUGGCGGUCCUCCAAGAUAUUCUCGGCAGCGGGGCCAAUCUCCCAAAUAGCAUAAUUUGA